AUAUACCUGAAACUAAGGGCUUCUAAGUACCAUGGCUGCCAUCAAAGUUCUUACAAUCCUCGUUCUCGUUGCCUUGGCAGCAGCAAAACCACAUGGGGCUGGAGGCAUCGGCGCUGGGCUUAAGACCGGAGCUAACUUAGGAGUGGGAGCCGCCGGUGGCGCCCAAGGUGCUGGUGGCGAAGCUUGUGAGAAACUUGGCGGUGGCGUCGGAGGCGCCCUUGGAGCUGGUAUUGGGGCUGGGGUUGGGGGAGGCGCUGGUGCUGCUAGAAAAGUAGCUGGUGACGCUGCUGGCAAAGUUAGUGCUGGUGUUGGAGCUGGUGGUGACGCUGCUGGCAAAAUUGGCGCUGGUGUUAAAGGAGUUGCUGAUGCUGGUAGCAAAGUAGCUGGUGACGUUGCUGGUAAAGUUGGGGGUAAAGUGAACGGCGCUGUUGGAGCCGGCGUUGGCGCUGCUGGUGACGGUAAGAAUCAAGUCGACGGUGGAGUAGACGCCGGAAAGAAAGCGGGAGGUGAUGCUGAAAAUCAAGUCAACGGUGGAGUACACGCCGGAAAGAAAGCUGGAGGUGAUGCUAAGGACCAAGCCAACGGUGGAGUACACGCCGGAAAGAAAGCUGGAGGUGAUGCUAAGGACCAAGCCAACGGUGGAGUACACGCCGGAAAGAAAGCUGGAGGUGAUGCUAAGGACCAAGCCAACGGUGGAGUACACGCCGGCAAGAAAGCCGGAGGUGAUGCUAAGGACCAAGCCAACGGUGGAGUACACGCCGGAAAGAAAGCUGGAGGUGAUGCUAAGGACCAAGCCAACGGUGGAGUACACGCCGGAAAGAAAGCCGGAGGUGAUGCUAAGGACCAAGCCAACGGUGGAGUACACGCCGGAAAGAAAGCUGGAGGUGAUGCUAAGGACCAAGCCAACGGUGGAGUACACGCCGGAAAGAAAGCCGGAGGUGAUGCUAAGGACCAAGCCAACGGUGGAGUACACGCCGGAAAGAAAGCCGGAGGUGAUGCUAAGGACCAAGCCAACGGUGGAGUACACGUUGGAAAGAAAGCUGGAGGUGAUGCUAAGGACCAAGCCAACGGUGGAGUACACGCCGGAAAGAAAGCCGGAGGUGAUGCUAAGGACCAAGCCAACGGUGGAGUACACGCCGGAAAGAAAGCUGGAGGUGAUGCUAAGGACCAAGCCAACGGUGGAGUACACGCCGGAAAGAAAGCUGGAGGUGAUGCUAAGGACCAAGCCAACGGUGGCGUACACGCCGGAAAGAAAGCCGGAGGUGAUGCUAAGGACCAAGCCAACGGUGGAGUACACGCCGGAAAGAAAGCCGGAGGUGAUGCUAAGGACCAAGCCAACGGUGGAGUACACGCCGGAAAGAAAGCUGGAGGUGAUGCUAAGGACCAAGCCAACGGUGGAGUACACGCCGGAAAGAAAGCCGGAGGUGAUGCUAAGGACCAAGCCAACGGUGGAGUACACGCCGGAAAGAAAGCCGGAGGUGAUGCUAAGGACCAAGCCAACGGUGGAGUACACGCCGGAAAGAAAGCUGGAGGUGAUGCUAAGGACCAAGCCAACGGUGGAGUACACGCCGGAAAGAAAGCCGGAGGUGAUGCUAAGGACCAAGCCAACGGUGGAGUACACGCCGGAAAGAAAGCUGGAGGUGAUGCUAAGGACCAAGCCAACGGUGGAGUACACGCCGGAAAGAAAGCUGGAGGUGAUGCUAAGGACCAAGCCAACGGUGGAGUACACGCCGGAAAGAAAGCCGGAGGUGAUGCUAAGGACCAAGCCAACGGUGGAGUACACGCCGGAAAGAAAGCCGGAGGUGAUGCUAAGGACCAAGCCAACGGUGGAGUACACGCCGGAAAGAAAGCUGGAGGUGAUGCUAAGGACCAAGCCAACGGUGGAGUACACGCCGGAAAGAAAGCCGGAGGUGAUGCUAAGGACCAAGCCAACGGUGGAGUACACGCCGGAAAGAAAGCUGGAGGUGAUGCUAAGGACCAAGCCAACGGUGGAGUACACGCCGGAAAGAAAGCCGGAGGUGAUGCUAAGGACCAAGCCAACGGUGGUGUACACGCCGGAAAGAAAGCCGGAGGUGAUGCUAAGGACCAAGCCAACGGUGGAGUACACGCCGGAAAGAAAGCCGGAGGUGAUGCUAAGGACCAAGCCAACGGUGGAGUACACGCCGGAAAGAAAGCUGGAGGUGAUGCUAAGGACCAAGCCAACGGUGGCGUACACGCCGGAAAGAAAGCCGGAGGUGAUGCUAAGGACCAAGCCAACGGUGGAGUACACGCCGGAAAGAAAGCCAGAGGUGAUGCUAAGGACCAAGCCAACGGUGGAGUACACGCCGGAAAGAAAGCAGGAGGUGAUGCUAAGGACCAAGCCAACGGUGGAGUGGACGCCGGAAAGAAAGCCGGAGGUGAUGCUAAGGACCAAGCCAACGGUGGCGUAGACGCUGGAAAAAAAGCCGGAGGUGAUGCUAAGGACCAAGCCAACGGUGGCGUAGAGGCUGGAAAGAAAGCCGGAGGUAGCGCUGGAGCUGGUGGUAAAGCCGAAGGUGACGCUGAGAAGCAAGCUAAUGCUGGAGUAGAUGCCGGAAAAGGAGCUGGAGGUAAAGUUGGAGCCGGUCUUAAAGCUGGUCAUGGAGCAGGCGCUGGCGCUGCUGGUAAUGCUGAGAAAGAAGCCAACGCUGGAGUAGAAGCUGGCAAGAAUGCUGGUGGUAAAGCUGGAGCCGGUCUUAAAGCCGGCCUGGGUGCCGGUCUCGGUGCUUCUGGCAGUGCCCAGAAAGAAGCCAAUAUUGGAGGAAAUGCUGCUAAAGGCGGUUCUGGAGCCAGCAACGAAGAUUGCUGAAUAAUCAAAUGAGAAAUUUAUGUUAGAUUUAUGUUGAUAUUGAUCUACAGCAGUUUUUGCUGUAAUAGUAUUUAAGUUAUUUAAUUGUUUAUUGAGUAAAAAAAUAAUUUCUUCGAUAAAUAAAGAAAACUAUAAAAUUU